AUAAUGUGAGGGGAGGAGCAGGAGUAGGAUGGCAGGGAACCGCGGCGGCAGAGGAAACAGCACUGGUGAGGUGGCGACCAUCAGCUCCGGGCCGGCCACCGCUAUUCGUUCUUUGGAGCCAAGAAUGGACUGGCGUGAGAGGAGUAGAUGGGUGGCUUGCUUUUGUGGACUGUCCUGUUUCUGUUUCGGAUCACGAAAACGAGUGAAACAGAUUGUUCCUGCAUCACGUACUCCAGAUGGGAGCACAUCAACUAGCCAUUUAAAUGGAUCUACAUCUUCUGGAAUUUCUACUCAAAAUAAUGCACUGAACUUAUCCAUUCUCGCGCCACCUUCAUCUCCAGCAUCAUUUUCAAACUCUGCACUCCCUUCAACAGCCCAAUCACCUAAUUGUUUCUUGUCAGUCUCAGCCAAUUCUCCUGGAGGAAUAUCAUCAACCAUGUUUGCAAUAGGACCAUAUGCUCAUGAAACUCAGUUGGUGUCACCUCCUGUGUUUUCUACCGUUACAACAGAACCAUCCACGGCUCCAUUGACCCCUCCACCAGAGCUUGCUUACUUUACUACACCAUCAUCCCCCGAUGUACCUUAUGCGAGGUUUCUGUCAUCAGCUAUGGAUAUUAUUGGUUCAGGGAAAGCCAAUGGAGUGUCUUAUUUGCCAUCAACUUAUUCGGUUGCUACUGAUCUCCGAGUGAAUUGUCCAUUGUACCCUGCGAGUCCUUCAAGCAGCCAAAUAUCACCUGCCUCUGGAACCCCUAGAACUAGGUUGUAUUCUCCUUUUUGGGAGCGUGAUAACCCUGCACAAUGGGGUGCUUCCACACCCACUCAUAGCUCUCCUGGUUCCAGGAAUGCAUCGACCAAGUUGCCUGGACUUGAUUCAUCUACAACCAGAAAUUUCAUAGUUUAUCCUGAUUCCAGCUUCUUCUAUCCGGCAACAUCAGCACAGUUUCACUUGGAUCAGGUGCAGCAACCAUUUCCUAAUUCCGCCGGGAAGCUUACUUUUUCCAGGGAAGCAGAUGUCCACUCGAGCUGUGGAAGCCAACAACAUAAAACUUGCAAACAAGAUGUGGAAGAAAUUGAAGCUUACAGGGCAUCAUUUGGAUUCAGUGUGGAUGAAAUCACCACAUCUCAAAAUUGUGCGGAGCCAUCUGAUCCACUCCAUUUAAUAUUAGUAAAACCACAAUAGAGCUUUCCCCAGUUGUUGGGUUUGAAAAGGGUAAAAGGUUGUGCAAUUUUCUGGAUCGUAUGAGCACAAUGCAAGUAUGUGGUACGGACAAAUUGAAUCUGAGCAACAUACCACCAGGUCAAUCACAAUAGGCUGGGAAGGUCACAUGUGUCCAUAUGAAACCUGCAUACUUAGUUUCCUUCGAGAGCUACUCAAUAUUGCAGUUAGUUUACUGUGUCAUUAAAUCACUCGAUCUGAUUAUGCCCUUCCUUUAGUUGAUCUCAAUCCUGAUACAUACGGUGGAGAGGAGCACGACCCAAAGCAAUAUACAGUGAACAAACUGAGUCGGGCCAACUCUACUCUGACGUAGAGACCAAUUAACGAAGUGCCAGAAGUUUCUGAGAAGUCGAUACCUUAUUAGGAUGAAUUUCUGAUAAGUGCUUCUCUAGCUGGUAGAUUAACCAAAUUUUUUUUGCUUGCUGUUGAAUGACCACUAGAUUCUGAUUUUGAAGGACCAGGAGACUGAAAUUCUAUGAGUGAUUCCAUUCUCGUAGACUAAUGUAUGCUUGUGAUAAACACAUUAAUCCUACUGUUUUGUUGUAGAAUUUCAUCAUAUAUUGUAUUCUAUGUAUUUACAUUAUCUUCCUGAAAUAGUAUAUACUGGUACUUAGAUAGA